AUGGCCUCUCGCACCAUCUCCAAGUCCGUUCGCUCGCCAUUGGCCCGCCAGCUGGCCGCUCCUCGCGUCCAGCAGCGCACCUUUGUCGCUGCCCGCAACCUGGUUCGUGCCGGCACUGCUGCUCGCCCAGCUGCCGUCGCUGGCCCUGCCCAGCAGCAGAUCCGCGGUGUCAAGACCGUGGACUUUGCUGGCCACAAGGAGGACGUCUAUGAGCGUGCCGAUUGGCCUCAGGAGAAGCUUUUGGAGUACUUCAAGAACGACACCCUCGCCCUGAUCGGCUACGGCUCGCAGGGUCACGGUCAGGGUCUCAACCUCCGCGACAACGGCCUCAACGUCAUUGUCGGUGUCCGCAAGAACGGCAAGUCCUGGAAGGACGCCCAGCAGGAUGGCUGGGUCGAGGGCAAGAACCUCUUCGAUGUCGAUGAGGCCAUCUCCCGCGGUACCAUCGUCAUGAACCUCCUUUCCGACGCUGCCCAGUCGGAGACCUGGCCCGCCAUCAAGCCGCAGCUCGUCAAGGGCAAGACCCUUUACUUCUCCCACGGAUUCUCGCCCGUCUUCAAGGACGUGACCAAGGUUGAUGUGCCCACCGACAUUGACGUCAUCCUCUGCGCCCCCAAGGGCUCAGGCCGCACCGUCCGCACCCUCUUCCGCGAGGGCCGUGGCAUCAACUCCUCCUUCGCCGUGUACCAGGACGUCACCGGUCAGGCCAAGGAGAAGGCCAUCGCCAUGGGUGUCGCCAUUGGCUCUGGCUACCUGUACGAGACCACGUUUGAGAAGGAGGUCUACUCUGACCUGUACGGUGAGCGUGGCUGCCUGAUGGGUGGUAUCCACGGUAUGUUCCUCGCCCAGUACGAGGUCCUACGCGAGGCUGGCCACUCUCCCUCCGAGGCCUUCAACGAGACAGUCGAGGAGGCUACCCAGUCUCUCUACCCCCUCAUUGGUGCCAACGGCAUGGACUGGAUGUUCGAGGCUUGCUCGACCACCGCCCGUCGUGGUGCCAUUGACUGGACCCCCAAGUUCAAGGACGCCCUCAAGCCCGUCUUCAACGACCUCUACGCUUCCGUCCGCGACGGCACAGAGACCAAGCGCUCGCUCGAAUACAACGGCCAGAAGGAUUACCGCGAGAAGUUUGAGAAGGAGAUGGAGGAGAUCCGCGGUCUCGAGAUCUGGAGGGCUGGCAAGGCUGUCCGCUCUCUACGUCCCGAGAACCAAAAAUAG